AUGGCAACAGACACAGUGUUCCAGACUCCAGAUAGACUCCAGAUAGGUGUUCCAGACUCCAGUUCCAGACUCCAGAUAGGUGUUCCAAACUCCAGACAGGUGUUCCAGACUCCAGACAGGUGUUCCAGACUCCAGAUAGGUGUUCCAGACUCCAGACAGGCGUUCCAGACUCCAGACAGGCGUUCCAGACAGGAGUUCCAGACUCCAGAUAGGCGUUCCAGACUCCAGUUCCAGACUCCAGAUAGGCGUUCCAGACUCCAGACAGGCGUUCCAGACUCCAGACAGGCGUUCCAGACUCCAGACAGGCGUUCCAGACUCCAGACAGGCGUUCCAGACUCCAGACAGGCGUUCCAGACUCCAGACAGGCGUUCCAGACUCCAGACAGGCGUUCCAGACUCCAGACAGGCGUUCCAGACUCCAGACAGGCGUUCCAGACUCCAGACAGGCGUUCCAGACUCCAGACAGGCGUUCCAGACUCCAGACAGGCGUUCCAGACUCCAGACAGGCGUUCCAGACUCCAGACAGGCGUUCCAGACUCCAGACAGGCGUUCCAGACUCCAGACAGGCGUUCCAGACUCCAGACAGGCGUUCCAGACUCCAGACAGGCGUUCCAGACUCCAGACAGGCGUUCCAGACUCCAGACAGGCGUUCCAGACUCCAGACAGGCGUUCCAGACUCCAGUUCCAGACUCCAGACUCCAGUUCCAGACUCCAGACUCCAGUUCCAGACUCCAGACAGGCGUUCCAGACUCCAGACAGGCGUUCCAGACUCCAGACAGGCGUUCCAGACUCCAGUUCCAGACUCCAGACAGGCGUUCCAGACUCCAGACAGGCGUUCCAGACUCCAGACAGGCGUUCCAGACUCCAGAAAGGCGUUCCAGACUCCAGACAGGCGUUCCAGACUCCAGACAGGCGUUCCAGACUCCAGACAGGCGUUCCAGACUCCAGACAGGCGUUCCAGACUCCAGACAGGCGUUCCAGACUCCAGACAGGCGUUCCAGACUCCAGACAGGCGUUCCAGACUCCAGACAGGCGUUCCAGACUCCAGACAGGCGUUCCAGACUCCAGACAGGCGUUCCAGACUCCAGACAGGCGUUCCAGACUCCAGACAGGCGUUCCAGACUCCAGACAGGCGUUCCAGACUCCAGUUCCAGACUCCAGACAGGCGUUCCAGACUCCAGACAGGCGUUCCAGACUCCAGACAGGCGUUCCAGACUCCAGACAGGCGUUCCAGACUCCAGACAGGCGUUCCAGACUCCAGACAGGCGUUCCAGACUCCAGACAGGCGUUCCAGACUCCAGACAGGCGUUCCAGACUCCAGACAGGCGUUCCAGACUCCAGACAGGCGUUCCAGACUCCAGACAGGCGUUCCAGACUCCAGACAGGCGUUCCAGACUCCAGACAGGCGUUCCAGACUCCAGUUCCAGACUCCAGUUCCAGACUCCAGACAGGCGUUCCAGACUCCAGACAGGCGUUCCAGACUCCAGACAGGCGUUCCAGACUCCAGUUCCAGACUCCAGACUCCAGUUCCAGACUCCAGACAGGCGUUCCAGACUCCAGACAGGCGUUCCAGACUCCAGACAGGCGUUCCAGACUCCAGAUAGGCGUUCCAGACUCCAGAUAG